AUGAUACAAUCUACAAACACAAACACUCCUUUACCAUAUGAAUUAAAUUUAAAAGCCACUAGCGAUAUAUAUAAUACAAUUUUUAAACCAAAAGAAAGACAAGGCAGAUAUUUCAUAAUUUCAAAAUAUGAUUGUAAUAAUUCAGUUGAUGAUGUUAAAAUGUUUGAUAUGGAUAUCUUGGAAUAUUAUCCAAUUGAAUUAAGUAUGCAAUAUUUAUUGAACAAAUAUCCAAACUUCAAAAUUCAUUAUUUUUUAUUAAUAAAAGACUAUCAAUAUUAUCUUUACGAUAAAGACUGUGCCCCCUUAGAAAUUCAACCAGUGAUUAAAUUUAACUGA